AUGGAAAAUGAAGUAGUGUGGGUUUCAAAUAAAAGUACUACAGAUAGUACCUUUACAACUAUUCCAGUUCCAAAGUAUAAAAUUAUUAAAGAACCAGUAGAUGUUAACCAAGUACCAGAUUAUUGGGUGCCUCCAUUAGUAGAAGAUAUGCCAAUAUCCGAAGCUACAAUUAACAAAAAUGAAAAAAUCAAUCCAUCGGAGGCAUCAACAAGAUGCGAAGAAUGGUCUACAUUACGACAAAUGAAACCGUCUACGACUAGAUUAUCAAAAGUAGCUUCCUCAAGUUGGGGCUGCACACCGCCAAAUAUUCCUGCAAAGGAGGAAAAGACCCCUGAAAGACACCCAAAAAUAAAUAGCUCCAUGACAAGAUAUAUUGAUGAAAUGCACUCUUCUAACCCACUAUUUAAGUUACAUUAA